AAAAAUUUUAAAAUUUUUUUUCUGUGGAAGGGCAACAAAUGAUUGCAGUUUUUCAGGGUUUGUUGAGUGGGUGAAUGGGGGCCUGAAGUGGAGACAAUGGCAUUGAUAGCCCACCACACGCAGGGUCCUUAUGCAGCCUUUCCCGUGAGGCCUCAACCAAGAGUUGUGGUGAAAUUGAAACCUUUUGUAUCAUUUCAGUUGGUUGGAAGAACAGAUAGGUCUAUUUUGUUGAAGCGACGUUUCCGUUUGAGCAUUGGAGGCCAGCCCAGCCUUUCUCAAAAGGGGAGGCCUUUCAGAAUCUCAUCGUUUAAAGGCAGUGCCCGGAAUGAUGAAUCUGAAGGCAGCACCAGUGGCUCCAAGUUCUCCAAGAACUCUGUACAACUUUCCUAUGUGCCACAGGAGACGGAAGAAACUAUGAUGGAAUCUCCAGACGGACAAAAUGUUCCCCUCUCCUAUACAUCAGAAGAGAGGGAAGAAACCAUAGCAGGAUCUCCAGCGAUACAAAGACUAUUCAAGAAAUGGCUUAUCUUGUUGCGAACGCAAACAGCUAGCCAGGCAACAGAUGAGAUUUUGAAGGAAAGCCCUCCCAUGAGUGAAAUCUCAGAAACCCAGCAUGGGACUCCGCAACAACGAGGAGCAGGUGAGCUGCUGAAGGCUUCAUUGGGCUACUUUCUGGGAAUGGAUGCGGCGAUAAAGUUCCCCCUACUGAUAUUCAUACCCUGGUACUUGGCAAUCAAUGUGGUGUACGGGCUGGAGGUCUCAAAGGAGCUGAUGCCUCUGUGGGUCUUUGGGCCCCUGAUUGUUGCUCUCUACAUCAAACUGGUUCAGGGGCUUUGUUCCCUUUACAUUUUCAGCUUCAAGCAGGCAAUUGGACUGGUAAAGAACCUCCCCACUUACUAUACAUUGAUCUAUAAGUACAUAGCUGAAGGAGAACUCAAAGCGCAGCUCCAGGCCCGUUUAUGGCAACCCAUCGCGAAAAUCCGAAACUUGGACUACAAAGAACUAUCGAAGCGAAAGCUGAAAGAAUUAGAAGAGUGGGCCGUGGAGAAAUACCUUGAUUAUGUCGAAUCAAUAUGGCCAUAUUAUUGUAGAACAAUCAGGUUCCUGAAGAAAGCAAAUCUCAUUUAGAUGAGAUUGUUCCGGGAGUCCCAAGGAAAAAAGAACUCUUUUUGACGACCACGAAUGGAUGGUUACUCUUUCAAGAAUCAAUGAUUUUUAGGAAUCCGAGCUUUUGGGUGGAUCAGAAAUCUAAUGUUCUACUCGAUCAGUUGAUGCCCUGAGAAAUUAAGGAUUGGGGAUGUGAUUGUCAGUUGGGAUCUGUAAUUUUACGGCAAUUCUUUUUUUGAAUCAUGCUGCAUAUUGUUUUGUUUUUGACUUAAUUGUAUUUCAAGCCUUUUAUUGUGUGUU